AUGGACUCGAUGAGGUCUCUCAACACCGGGCUGCCGUCCACCCGUCCUGCCCCUCCUGAAGAGCUCCUCCAAGCCUUCCGAAACGCCGCUCUGUCCGUCACAAACCUUUACAAGUCUGCCGUCACAGAUCAGAAUGUCAGUCGCCAAGCUGGAUACCAAGAAGCACUUGAUGAUCUCCUGGGCUUUCUAGAUCACGAGAAUCUCGGGCUGCAGGAUGGCGAGGGGUGGAGAGUGAGGCAGUGGGCCACGGAAAGAUAUGAUGGCUCAGCCCACCAACAUCACACCGACAGCGAUGACGACAAAAGCGAGAUGGGGACUCGGCCACGUAGCGUUUCACCUCCGAGAGAGCAGCCGCAGGAAGCAGUGCCAACUCCGGCCGAAUCUGUCAAAGUGGAAUCGGCGACACAGACGGAGGAUGCCGCGAGUCCGACUGCGCGGGAUGAAACCACUUCACCAUCAAUCUUUCAAUUUACUGGGCGAGAAUCCGAUCACAUGCAGACCGACGAAGAAGGAGCUGGGUCUGCUCAAGUCGAUGGCUCAUCCUCUUCUUCGACAAAUCCUCCAAUUCGACUCGAAGUGCUGAACAGCCGAGGUCAUCGACCAUCCCACAGGCAUGGCAGCCAACGCCAUGGGCCAAGGCAAUCUAAUCGAGAAUUUACUUUUAAUGCCGGCACGAAGCGAAAGUUGCAAUUCCCUGAUUUCUUCGACAUAUCUAAUAUCGGGCCGAAAGAUGGGUUUGGUACCAGUACUAAGCGAGGGCGGCUUUCAUGA